GUGACAAUGUCUGGAAGAGGAAAGGGCGGUGGGAAAGCUCGCGCCAAGGCGAAGUCUCGGUCGUCCCGGGCUGGCCUGCAGUUCCCGGUGGGCCGUGUUCACAGGCUCCUGAGAAAGGGUAACUAUGCUGAGCGUGUGGGUGCCGGAGCGCCGGUCUAUCUGGCUGCGGUGCUGGAGUAUCUGACGGCUGAAAUCCUGGAGCUGGCCGGCAACGCGGCCCGGGACAACAAGAAGACCCGCAUCAUCCCCAGGCACCUGCAGCUGGCCGUGCGCAACGACGAGGAGCUCAACAAGCUGCUGGGAGGGGUGACCAUCGCUCAGGGCGGGGUGCUGCCUAAUAUCCAGGCCGUGCUGCUGCCCAAGAAAUCCGCCGCUGCUGGAUCUGCUAAAAAGUGAAGAGACGUUUCUUGAAUCUGACAACCCAAAGGCUCUUCUAAGAGCCACUCACAUCAUCUGUGGAAGGGGCUAAACUCGCUGUCAGAUUGAUUAUUUUCCUCUUAAUGGGGAGAGCCCUCGCCUUUGUACCGGACAUCAACGAAUUUCACGCUCCAUUUAUUUGGAUACUGUUAGUCUGGGAGCAGAGGAAGAAUUUAUCUUAAAAUGCAAUUGUACGAGUGUCCUGAACUACAGGAUUUCUUAUUGUCUGAGUGAUCUGUUUUAUGUCCUGAGUUUAGAAUGGCGACACGAAUGUCCCCGAUCGGGUUUGACCUCACAUUACAUUCACAAUGCCUAUCAGAGCUGGU